GCACAUGCCAACCUAAACCCUCAAUAAUACAUAUAUUUGAUCUUAGUUUACAGUUAGAUCGAUUGUUGACUUUCCGCUGGCACAGGCUGGAAAUUUGAAAUUGUCUCGUUAUCCGCAAGCUACAAAGUGUCUCGAGGAGGACUCAGUUCUUUUUUAAUUUACAAAUCUCUCUCUUUCUUUCUCUCUCUCUCUCUCUAGCCUCCAUGGAUUUCGAUUCACAGCAGAAGCCGGAGUCGGAACUGAUCUCACUCAUUGAGAAAAUAAUCUUUGUCGGCAAACCGGAGUCGCAAUUGGUGGUAUCACUCGUGACGCAAACAAUCUCUCUCAUCAGAUCUAUAGAUUCAGAUCCGGAUACAAAGCAGGACUCGGAGCCGGAGCUCAUGUCACUCAUUUCUCAAAUAUACUCGUAUCUCGAAUCUAGGAAUUCAGAUGAGCUUUCAUCACUCCUUGAUCAAAUAGUCUCUCUCGUCGAGUCUACAUACUCGGAGCCGCCAGAGAUGAAGCUCGCCUCACUCAUUAAGAAACUAAUGCCUCUCAUAGAUACACAGAUCCCACCAAUCUUUACGGGAAAGUCUCUCACAUACGAUGCGAAGCUUCUCCUCUAUACGAAGACGUUAGCGAGCCGGGAUGCAAAUGUCGUAUCACUCAUAGUUGAAAUUGUCACUCUGGUCAACUCUACGGAUUUGGAUUCGCUGCCGGAGUCGGAGCUCAUGUCUGUCGUUACUCAAACAAUCUCUUUCUUCAACUCUAUGGAUCUGGAUUCCCAGCCGGAGCCGCUAAGGAAGCUUAUAUCAAUCUUUUCUCAAAAAUAUUUUUCGGAUUCAGAGUUGGAGCUGGCCCUGGAUUGGGACUUCAUGUCGCUCGUUGAUAAAACAUUGACUUUUGAGCCGGAGCCGAAGCUCAUAUCACUCAUCCUUGAGAUAGUCACCCUUGUCUUCUCCAUGUAUACACAGUGGGACAAGCUUAUUUCCUUAUGUCCUCGCUUAAAUGUUAGUUUGAAAGAGGAAAAGUUUCAUGUGGAGCCCAAAUACAAGAUGUGGAACGGCAAGCUGGAGUGUCUCCCUUUCAACUGGCAGAAAUUCUGGUUAACAAGAGGAGAACUCGCUUCCCAUUUUCUCUGCCAAGGUUGCAACGGCAAGAACCAUAAAGAAUAUAACAAGGCUCCAGCUGAGAUCAAACACCCUUUUCAUCCUAAACAUCCUCUUCUCCUCGUCUCCUUGCAAAUGCUUAGUAGCACGAGGAAAUGCUAUUGUUGCGAUGAAGAUCUCAAGAAUAUCUUUUAUUAUUGCUCCGCUUGCGAGUUUGCUGUUAAUUUUGCUUGUGUGCAGAAACCACCAGAGUUGUCUAUGCACCAUCCCAAGUGGCAUGAGCAUACUCUUGCUCUGUUUCCAACGCAGACUCCAUUUCCUUGCAGCAUCUGUGCCUUGACACAUUCAAGCGGUCCUUUCUAUACAUCAAGCGGUCCUUUCUAUACAUGUCCCCCUUGUGACUUUGUUAUCCAUCAAAAGUGUUUCAGCUUACCACGUGUCAUAAGGAUAUCUCGCCAUCCCCAUCGUAUCUCGUUUACUCCUUCUUUUGACCCUGAAAAAUAUUGGUCUUGUGGUGUUUGUCGCAGAAAGAUCGAGAAUGAUUAUGGGUGCUAUUCUUGCGUCAAGGACGGCUGUUCCUAUGCGGCUCAUUCGAAAUGUGCCACACAGACCAAUGUGUGGGAUGGUAAAGAACUUGAAGGAGAGCCAGAAGAAGACAUGGAUGAAGAAGUCGAGUCGUUUGUGACGAUAAGCGAUGGAAUUAUACAACAUUUCAGUCAUGAGCAUCAUCAUAUGAGACUUGAUGUGAACACAGACAGAGAUUACGACGAGAAUAAGUUGUGUCAAGCAUGUACCACGCCUAUCUAUUUUGGUAACUUCUUCUCCUGUAUGCAAUGUGAUUUCAUUCUCCAUGAGAAAUGUGCUAAUUUUCGUCGUAAAAUACAUCAUCCGACACAUCCUCAUCUGCUCACUCUAUCCAGAACAUACGAAGGUGAGCAUCAUGCGUUUGCAUGUUCAGCUUGUUCUGUGUGGUGCACUGCUGGUUUCUUCUAUGAGUGCAAUGAAGAAGCAUGUUAUUUUAAGGUACAUGUGCAGUGCGCCACAAUUUCUGAGCCGUUAGUCCACGAAAGUCAUAUGCAUCCUUUAUUCCUAACAUCCAAACCAGAAGAGGAGCAAAGAACAUGUAAUGUUUGCCAUAAUUUAAGAAGGGGUGGUAGUGAAACAUUCAAUUGCAUUGAGGAGUGUAACUUUUCUUUGUGCUUUGGAUGUGCUACUAUACCUCAUAAGGCGAGGUAUAAGCAUGAUAAGCAUAUGCUCACUAUUUCUUAUGGGGAGAAGACUAGUACCAUGACGUAUUGGUGUGAAGUUUGCGAGGGAAAAAUAGAUCCAAAGGAGCGGUUUUACAUGUGUGAUGAGUAUUGUUGUGUCACCUUACACAUGCCAUGUAUGCUUGGUUGGGACUUAUACAUGAAGCCCGGUUCAUCGUGGAUAAGAGGCAGUAAAAAAGUAUAUGCUUUGCCGAACAAUCAUCAUAUGUCUAGACCUAUUUGCCCCCGUUGUGAGAGGCGCUGUCCAUACAAAACAGUUCUCAAAGAGAAUGAAUUAGCAUUUUGUUCCAUAUUAUGUAUUAUGUGGAAGAAGUAACCCUGUAGCUUCAUUUACUUUUUUCUUGUUAAGAGAAAUAUUUAUGAAUUUGCAUUCUGUUGCAUUGAUUAGUCAAACAAUGAUAUGUCCAAUAUUGUUAUGAGAUGUUUCCAGGGAAAUUUUUCUAAAAGAAGUAUCUUUCUUUGCAUGUGAUUCUUGAAAGACU